AUGGAAAAACAGCGGAAGAGAAAUGUGAGGAAAGCCACAGGUGAUGGUGGCGCAAAGACCCAGAUAUCUAUGGAAGAUGACCCAAAACAAGAGGGCCAGACGCCAGCGCAAGAGAACCAGGACAAGGAGGGAGUUGAGGAUGCUGCAGAAAUCCAGGGUGUAAGAAACCAGAGAAAAGGCAGAGGGGAGGGGCCUGGGUGGUGUGGAGCACCCAGGAAAGGAGACAACAACCCAGUUGGAGGAGAGGAUGCUCUCAGGAUCAGCCUCCAAGGUGAACAUCCUGCCAGCGAGGUGCCUGCAGGCAGGAAGCACAGCCUGGCGCAGUCCCCAGCCCUCGUUGCCUCUGGAUAUGAGGCUAUGGAUCACAGGCAGACAGUGACCGUAAAUAGUGUAGCCUCUGCCCCCCAUUCUGAGAUGGAGCACAAAGCUGGGAACACUCCAGCCUCCCCAAAGACCAGACUGGAAUCCCAAAGAAGACGACAGAGGAAGCCCUCCAGCUGCACAUGGCAAUCCCAGAAUCCACUAUCUUCGGUGCCCUCUGACUGCCCUUCUCACCCAUGUGGCCGGGCUUCCCAAGCCGCCACAGCUUUGGGGGGUGCCUCCGCUGCCCUCGAUGUCAUACCCACUUGGCCAACCCUCAGGAAGAGCAAACGGCUGCUACUGGAGGCCCUCAUGCGGCGGAGGAUCGCGCACCUGAGAUGGGGCCUCCCGUGGCGGAUCCUGGAGUCUUAUUUGCUCUUUAACUUCUUGCAAUCUUGCUCUUUGCCUGUGGCUGAGGUAAGGCUGCCGGGGUUAUGCACAAACCAGGAGCUCCAAAGGCAUGAUGGCAUCCAGAGUUCCGUGUCAGGUGUUAAAGCUCCAGCGAGAUCCCAAAGCCUUCCACCUCCAGAAAGAAAAAGCUCAAACCUUCCCACACAGGCCAGACCUUUGGGGAAGCAGAGACCAGGCAGUGCCAUUCCACCAGUGAAGCCUAAGAGAAGCAGGCCACCAGGGGGAGCCAGAGAACCACAAGUCCAAGAAGAAGCCUCCACGUCGAAGGUCCUGGCUCCCAGGAGCCCCAGGUCAGCUUCAGAGUCUAGGAGCAGGUGUGGCCCUGUAAGAGUACUGGAUCUUUCCCAUGAGAAUACCAGAGGCAGGGAAACGAUCAGGACAGGGAUCUCCCAGAUGGCAGAGGGGGCUUCCAGCAGAAUGCAGACCUCCUCCUCCUCCAGGGCUGAUCAGGAUUAUUGGAAGAAAGAGCACACAUCCAGGGGAGACCCUGAGCCCUCCAGACUCGAAUGUGGGCAAUCCACACACCACAGAAGAGGAAGCGUGGAGGCUGCAAAGGAGAGAGGACCCGGGGAGCAACCUUCCUUCUAUUCCACGGAGCCCUCCAGCCUCAAAGGGAGUACCCGCUCCAUCGUGGCCAGGACAAGCAUGUCUCUGCCCAGCAACAUAGCCUGGACCCCGCAGCCUGCCAAGGCCCAGUACUCAGCCCCCAACCUGACUCUGAGAGACCCUAUCUUGCUUCCACACGUGGGUGACCCACGUUCAAGGGAGGACAUCGUUGGAAUUCAAACAGCUUUAGAGAGCAACUUUCAGCCACCAGGAUAUUUCUGUGCUGGGGUAGCUUUUCCUCAGACAGACAUCAACCAGGCCCGGGGGACACGUGACAAGACAAACUGGAUUCCACGAAAUCUACCAGCCCCCCGGAAGUUUGGUUUUAUAAAGCGGUUGAAAUGCUUUAUCUUCCAAGGUGGCUUUAAAAAGUAGGCCACUGGUCCCGAGUCCUUAGGAGGCGCCAGAGAAGCAAUGAGUAUGAAUUAAUUACUCAUCUCCAGAGCUUCUAAUAAAAUUGGUUUUUGGGGGGUUCUGUACGGAUUUCUUUGGCCUGUGUUUUCUGAAUGCUACCUUUGGGGGCUUCGUAAUACUUUAUGGAUGGGGUGGAAGCCACUUAUAUCCUGUGGUUUUUGAGAUUUGGGGAAUGUGGGUCAAUCCAAUGCCAUUUCUUAAGCUCCUGCCCUCUCACCAUGCCACAGAGUUCAUGAACAUUUCUGGUAUGGUUCUGUCCUGCCCUAGUCUCAAGCCGAUUCUAACUGAGGAUGGAUCAACAACCUCAGGAUUGGGGGGUACUAAAAGUCUGAGUAGGACACUGUUAUUCAGGUAGUUCUGGUCCCAAGAAAGGGAGGUGAUCAUGGGCUGUCCUGCUAGGAUUUUGCUGCCUGUGAACUGACUUCCUGCAAAAUUCAUCCCUACCCCUUCAAGACUCAACUAUUUCCUACUGGAAUAUUUUAUUGCGUUUCCAGGUCUACCAUAGGACAUGCUACAGUGAGUCAUUUUACUUUGGUCAAGAUUAAAAUGCCUGACUCGAUGGAUUCAAUCAAUGGGUGUCACG